CAGACACACACACGCACACACCAGUCCUCUCAACCUUCAGAUCAGUACAUCCCACUAUGCUUUGCGAUGGUCUGACAAGUGGAUCCAAGAUGGCGUAGAAAGUAAAGCUAGACGUUUUGUCCCUGAGUCAUGGCGGACAGGAGAGCGGAGAAGUCAUGUGAAGAAGCCAGCAGAUCGUUAGCCAGGCGGGAGUACGAGGCGGCAGUCAGCCACAGCACGGAUGCCCUGGUGGUCCUUGCACCCCAAGCCCCAUCCUCCAGUGCCCCUGUCCCGCCCAGCCCUCCAUCCCUUGCCGCCGCCACCAGACCCCUCCGCAGCCGUGCCCUGCUCUACCGUAUCGCUGCCCUCCUGCAGCUGAAAAACUAUGAUGAAGCAGAUGAAGACUGCAAACAUGUCCUGGCAGAAGAAAUUGCCAGGGGAGAUGGUUCGCUUCAGACCAGCCUGCGCACCAUGCUGUUGGACGGCAGCCUACAGGAGGUUGCAAGCAUCCUCUCUAAAGCCUUGUAUGGAGAGCCAAUGAAUGGAAUUGUUGCAAAAGACCUGACCAGAUUAAAAAUGCUCUUCUCUGAAAUAGAGGCUGUAAAUAGGGAGAUGGCACCAGAGUACACAGAUGACCAGGACGAAGAGGUCCAAGAUGGCUGGCAGUUUCGGCCUCCUCCCAGAGGAGUCACCAGCAGUGAGGAGUACACCCUUUGUAAAAGGUACUUGGAGCAGGGUCUGUGUCGGUACGGGGCCCAGUGUACAUCAGCCCACUCACAGGAGGAGCUGAUGGAGUGGCAGAAGCGCUAUGCGUCACGCCUCAUCCGCCUCAAACAGCAGCAGGAGAGCAAACACUUCACCGAAAACUACAUGGAGACCUUAAUAGAGAAGUGGAUGAACUCUCUCUCCCCAGAGAAAGUGCUCAGUGACAGUUUAGAAGGAGUCAAUGUGGAAACCAGCUCCAGCCUUUCGGUUACAGUCUCCUCCAAAAAAUCUGCCCACUCAUGGAUCUUCUCCUUGUUGUGCAAGCCGGCUAGAAAGCUGUACCGCAUUGCCCUGCUCUAUGAUGCCCACCGACCACACUUCUUCAUCACAGGUGUAUCAGCUGGGGAGCGCCUCCAAGUUGUUCCUAAAGGCUGCCAAGAGUGGACUCCAUCAGAGGAAACACCGGUGGCAGCAGACAAUGGCCUGGACCAUUGCAUCUACAAGGUAGCAGUGGGCUUCAGUACAGAGAUCUUCGGUACCUUCCGACAGACCAUCGUUUUUGACUUUGGCUCAGAACCUGUGCUGAUGCAGCGAAUCAUGGUGGAUGCUGCCUCAAUUGAAGACCUGGAGCACCUGAUGGCAGCCAGGCAGCAGCUCUUGAUGACCGCAAAGCGCUGGGACUCUUCAUGUAAAACCAUUGUAGAAUUCAGUCCCAAUGAGACGAUGGCUGAACUGGAGCGUAGCCUCCUUUCCCGCUAUCAGAUACCUCUGUCAGCCGACCAGCUCUUCACUCAGUCAGUCCUGGACAAGACUCUGACCAAAGACAACUACCAGGCCCGACUGCAUGACCUCCUCUACAUAGAGGAGAUUGCACAAUAUAAGGAAGUUAGCAAGUUUAACAUCAAGGUGAACCUGCAGCUGGUCACUAGCUUUAUGCUGACUGGCAUUUCUGUCGGAGCCAAGUAUGCCCAGAAUGGACAGCUCUUUGCACGCUUUAGACUCACUGAAACACUUUCUGAGGACACAUUAGCUGGGCGGCUAGUGAUGACCAAGGUAAAUUCAGUUCUGGUGCUGCCGUUGGGCCGUGAAGGAAUCAGCAGCCAGCCGCCUUCUGGGGUCAAAGAGCGUGUUUAUGAGGCCGUCAUUGAGGAGAAGACCAAGGACUACAUCUUCCUAAGGAUCUGCAAGGACUGCUGUGAGGAGCUGGGGCUACUGCCUGACAGAGAAAUACAGGUGGAGCUCCAGUUCCAGCUGAACAGACUGCCACUCUGUGAGAUGCAUUAUGCCCUGGAUCGCAUCAAAGAUAAUACCAUCCUUUUCCCUGAUGUUGGCCUUGUCCCCACAAUCCCCUGGAGCCCUAACAGGCAAUGGGAUGAGCAGCUGGAUCCCCGUCUGAAUGCCAAGCAGAAAGAAGCCAUCCUGGCCAUCACCACACCCAUCUCCAUCCCUCUGCCCCCAAUCCUCAUCAUUGGACCCUAUGGUACCGGCAAGACCUUUACCCUGGCACAGGCUGUCAAGCAUAUCCUCCGCCAGGACCACAGCAGGGUCCUGAUCUGCACCCACUCUAACAGUGCGGCUGACCUUUACAUUAAGGACUACCUUCAUCCUUAUGUUGAAGCAGGCAAUCCACAUGCCAGACCUCUCAGGGUAUACUUCAGGAACCGCUGGGUGAAGACGGUCCACCCAGUGGUCCAGCAGUACUGUCUCAUCUCCAGCACACAGGUCACUUUCCAGAUGCCCUCAAGGGAGGACAUCCUCAGGCACCGCGUGGUUGUGGUCACCCUCAGCACCUCCCAGUACCUCUGUCAGCUUGACUUAGAGCCUGGUUUGUUCUCGCAUAUCCUAUUGGAUGAAGCAGCCCAGGCCAUGGAGUGUGAAACCAUCAUGCCUUUUGCUCUAGCUAGCAAGACCACCCGCAUUGUGCUGGCUGGAGACCAUAUGCAGCUCAGUCCAUUUGUGUACAGCGAGUUUGCACGGGAGCGAAACCUGCACGUGUCACUGCUGGACCGACUGUAUGAGCACUACCCUCCUGAAUUCCCCUGUCGCAUCCUCCUGUGCGAGAACUACCGCUCCCAUGAAGCUAUCAUCAACUACACAUCAGAAUUGUUUUAUGACGGAAAGCUAAUGGCAAGUGGGAAGCAACCUUCCCAUAAGGACUUCUACCCUCUGACUUUCUUCACUGCCAGAGGAGAGGAUGUCCAGGAGAAGAACAGCACUGCCUACUACAACAAUGCUGAGGUUUUUGAGAUUGUGGAGCGGGUAGAGGAGUUGCGCAAGAAGUGGCCAGUGGCCUGGGGUAAGCUGGAUGAAGGUAGCAUCGGAGUGGUGUCACCAUACGCUGACCAGGUGUUUCGCAUUCGUGCUGAGCUUCGAAAGAAGAGAAUGCCUGAGGUCAGCGUGGAAAGAGUGCUCAAUGUCCAAGGUAAACAGUUCCGGGUGCUGUUCCUCAGCACGGUGCGGACACGGCACACCUGCAAGCACAAACAGACGGCCAUCAAGCGCAAAGAGCAGCUAGUUGAGGACUCAACAGAGGACCUUGACUAUGGCUUCCUGUCCAACUACAAGCUACUCAACACGGCGAUCACCAGAGCUCAGUCCCUGGUUGCAGUUGUGGGAGACCCCAUAGCACUGUGCUCUGUUGGGCGCUGCAGAAAAUUCUGGGAGCACUUUAUUUCCAUCUGCCAUGAAAACUCGAGUCUACAUGGCAUCACUUUUGAGCAGAUCAAGGCACAGCUGGAGGCCCUGGAGCUCAAGAAGACCUAUGUCCUCAACCCACUGGCCCCAGAGUUCAUCCCCCGUGCCCUCAGGCCCCUGCAAGGACACCACUCCUCUUCACAGGCUCUCCAUCCCCACCAUCAUCCACAUCCUCAGCAUGCACAGCCUGCUUCCAACAAGCAGGGUCCACAGCUACAGCAGCAGCAGCAGCAGCAGUCACCCCCUAAGGGGAAACAUGCAAACCACACAGAACACCUUCCACCUGAGGGAUAUGUCCAACCCAACCCAGCUGUGUUGAUGGGAAACCCUAUUCGGGCAUUCACACCACCUCUGGGUGGCACACCAGCUGGUAUGGGCAAGUCACCCAGUCCUGUGCAGAGGAUAGAUCCUCAUACAGGCGCCAGUAUCCUCUACGUUCCAGCUGUAUAUGGUGGAAACAUGGUCAUGUCCAUGCCCCUGCCUUUGCCUUGGCCAGGCUACCAGAAUCGCUUUGCUGUGGACCCUCGCAUCAUGAGCCACCCAGCAGCCAUGGCCUACAACUUUAAUCUGCUGCAGGCACAGAAUCGAGGCUCGCCCAUCCCUUAUAGUGGGGUGGCACACCCCUCUCCACUGGGAAUGGGCCAGCCCAGCCCUGACAAGGAGCUACAGGCUGACCCAAUCAGAAAUGGUAAAUUAGAAGGAUGUCCAAAGUCAGAACAGAGCCGUCUUCAGACCCCAGAAAGGAAAACAACAGACAUGAAGGAAAAACAGGCAAAUUUAGACACAGGCCAAAGUCGAAAUCUGGAUUCGCAGACAGAUGGGCUAGUUGGAUUUCCCAACGCGCUGCUUCAUCGAAAAGACCCCUCAGUUGCCCAAAGACCCCUAAACUACCACCUGGCACCACCCAGCCCAGCUUUUCCUCCCCAUCCCGCCAGUGGAAGAACCUUCCCCCAACAGUAUCCAGUCUCUAGGCUUCCUUAUCGGGUCAACCAGCCUCAACACCCAGUAAUGGCCCAGCAGAGUCAGCAGCAGCAGCAACAGCUCAGUCCUGCCUACACUGGUGGAAGUCACAGCGCUUCCUUCUUCAGUGGCCCCAUACCUGCUCACAGAUCUGUCCAGUCACCCACGUUGGAUGGUCCAGAGUCUGGAGGGGUGGAGGAGAUGAGUAGCUCCAUUAGGACUCCAAUGGGCCACCCAGGGGGUCACCACCCAGGCCUCUCGCAGCAUAACAGGGUCAGCAGCUUUGGGGAGGACGGUCAGGAUGGGGGUCUGGGAGAUGGUUUAGAUCUCCAGGGUCCCUUGGCUCUAGAGGCCCUGAGCCAGCAGCAGCAGGCAGCCAGGCUGGGCCAGUGGGGGGAGGCAGCAGGCCCUUUCCUCCAGGGCAGCGUUGCCUUUCCUCUGCCCCAACAGCUUGCCCACCUUGCUCAGCCUGGCAUGGCUCGCUUCCCCCAUCAACUGCUCCGGGCAGCUAGCUGGGGCCUUAGUGCCAAUAUGGAUGAUGAAGCUGUUCCUUCUGCCUCCGCUGGGCCAACUUUCACCAGAUACCCAGGCCUCUUGAGAGAAAUUACCCCACAGGAACAGCCUGAGCCGAGGGAAGCAGCUGAGAUGCAACCCCCGCCUCAAUCUCGUCUCCUACAAUACCGCCAAUCCCAGUCCCGUGCCUCAGGUGACCCUUCAUCCUCUUUAGCCGCCAUCUCCAAUCAUGCUGGCCCUUUUCCAUCAGGACUUUACUCCCAUGAGACAGGUCGCGAUCUCCUUAACGAAAGCCUUCUCAACAACCAAGCUCUGCCACAGCAGCACCCGGGGAAUCCCUUGUACAAUACUGGUGGCUACCCACAUCAGCCACCAGCUCAGUCUGCCAGCCCCCCUCCCUCGCAGGUGAAAUAUCUUCUGCAAGAGGCCCAUUGGUCCCAAAGUGGAACUACAUCGGUGAGCCCACCACAUCAGAACCACCUGUUAGGGAAUCAGGGCCAUGGCCUUCCUUAUGGACUGCCCAUCAUGGCUCACCCCAGCAGGCAGGAGCAAGUUCAUCUGAUGCAACUUCACCAUCAGCACCAGCAGCAGCAGCAGCAGCAGCAACAACAACAACAACAGCAGCAGCAACAGCAGCAACAACAACACCAACAAAAUCAAGGUCCAGACCAGGAGUCCUACCACCCUCUGUCCCCCAGAACAUCAGCAGCCACAGCCAUUCACAAUGUAGAUGAGUAUGAACCCAGAGGUCCGGGCCGGCCUCUCUAUCAGCGCCGCAUCUCCUCCAGCUACCCAGAUGAAUCAUCCCCAGCCAACGCCCACAACGUCCUGCCCCAGCAGUCCCAACCCUGUACAUCGGACCCCCAGGACCACCCGCAUCCACACAUACAGCAUCAUCAGCACCCACAUGCCUCCUACAGUUAUCCCUCACACGACCACAUGUGGCCCAGUAAUGGUGGGGGUCCUGGUCCGUUUCAGAACAUUCCAUGUAACGGAGCCGGCACACUCGCUCAGCACCGGGACCUUCUGGCUUCCAAGGCACUUCGUCAGACAGAAGAGCAGGUAAAGGCCGAGGCCACAGCAGCACAGCAGACGCAUCCACACUCACUCAACUCUCUUCAGCACCAGUUUCCUCCACUCAUGCCCAAUAACAAGCAGCAGCAGCAGCAGCAACAGCAGCAGCAGCAGCCGCCGCCACCACAGGCUCCCCCAGAUCCCAACCAGGGAGCUCCAAAUUUAAGCAAGCCACCCACCAUGUCUUAUGCGAGCGCCCUCCGUGCUCCACCCAAACCCCGAGCUGUUCGGCCUGAACAGGUCAAAAAGAACAGCGACCCUCUCUCCCUCCUACAAGAGCUGAGUAUAGGAAGUUCAAAUGGUAGCAAUGGGUACUAUUCCUACUUUAAAUGAGUGUCACAUCUCCCACAACAUAAAGAAAAAAAAGCAAAAAAAAAGGCAAAAUAGUUUCUAAAAAAUAUACAAAAAUAGUGCAAAGUGCAUUUACAAAUUGUUUCUAUUAGUAGGUUUGUUUUCUGCAUUUUGUUUCAUUUUAACUUUUAAUUUGUAAUAGUCUUUUCUUUUCUCCUGUUUCACAUAUCUGUGAAGAAAGUAAGUAUAUAUAAUGAAUGCAUUACUGGUAUAUAUACAUACUCAUUAUGUAUAUAUGAAUAUAUACUUAUAUUAUCUACACUUGUAUAUGUACGUAAUGCUAAAAAACUAAAAAAAAUUUAAAAAGGCGAGGCUUGGUUGACCACUUAGCUACCAGCUCAUUUUUCUUUACAGAAGUUGGUUUUUGUUGAUUACUAAAUAAGUAUGUUGACGUUUUUUUUGUUGUUGUUUUUUUUAAAUUCCUCAGUUUUGAGUGGACAGUACGUCUUGCUUUUCAUACUACUGUAGUCGUGGUAACGGACAAAAGCUAAGUGGUCAACUGACAGAAACUACAUGGAACAGUGUAUAGAAGUAGAUAAAUUUUCCUCUAAUCUGUACAUAUAAAGAAAAUAAAAGACUGAAUUGUAUGCCACAGACAUGUCCUUAAAUUCCUGUAUCAUGCUAGCAUUUGCUUUAUGAGUUCUAUUCUGUUUUCGCCUUCUCCUCUUCAAUUCUUAGACAUCCUUUACCUGGGAACGAUCCUCAGUGAUUUAAUAGUAAAUGUGAUUAUUUAUGGAAAAACUAACAAUACAAUUAUCGAUUGCAUAUUUUACUUUUCACCAAGGUCUCAUCUGCAAAAAUAGAUACAGUGUGAACUUGUCAAAGUAACAAAUCCAUGUCAUUCCUCCUCUGUUUGCUUCAUAGAUCAGAAAACAAAAGACAUCAGUUUCUGUGAUAAGAUUAUCCUAAACUGCUUUGCUUGCACACAGUUCUUUAUAAAACAAAAAAAGCAACCGUUUUUGUUUUGUUUUGUUUUGUUUUGUUUUGUUUUGUUUUGUUUUGUUUUGUUUUGUUUUGUUUUGUUUUGUUUUGUUUUGUUUUACUUUUUUCCCCUCCUGUAGUUACAAUGUGUGGUUACUUGUCAACUCAUGUCAGAUGGGAUGUCAGCAAAUCUUUUGCAGGGACAUAGUUCCAAUGACUGCUGGACAUGUGAAAUGUGUUUUAUGGCGCUAAUGGACAGUGAGGAGUUUUGUUGCUGUCGGGGUUUUUUUUUGUUUUUUUAAGGUUACAGUACUCUGAAGGUUUGUGUAAGUGAAGAGAGAUUGGUGAGGUCAGAGUGGUGUGUCAUGGCAGGCAAGCUGAAACAGACGGGGUGAUCAGUACUCCCAGUCAAAUGUUUUUCAACACACCAAAUUAACAUUUUUGGUCUGUAUGUUUUAAAAAGAGCGUAAACACCCUGAAAUUUGAAAAAACAAUGUUGUAAAUGUGAAGCGUUUCUGGCAUCUUUACUACUGGAUGACAUUUAGAUUGUGCUCACACUGUAGCAAAUGACACAUUUUGUAUUUAAGAUUUGAUACUGAGUUAUAUAAUCCUCAUAACAAGUAAUUACCACUUGUCACCGGGAGCUGAUAUUUGCACACACUUUAACCACAAAAAUUAAUAAUUUUUCAUAACAAUCAAGGUGAAGAGCACUUUCUAAGUCUUACUUCUAUUUUCUAAUUUCAGGGCAUUUUUAAAAAGACCAGCUCAAGACUCAACUAAAUAAAAAAAAAAAAAAACGAAAAAAAAAAACAGAAAAGUCGCAUUAAAGUAACUAUAAAGUAGCUGUUCAAAAACAUUUGACUGUCAGUAUGUUUGUUUUAGGCUGUGCAUAUUAAGAAUGCAUUGGUGAUGUUGGGGAAGCUAUUCCUGGUCAUUCAGAGUGAAAAUAUCCACUUUUGUCUGAUCUGAUUGGUAUAUUAUUGUUGCAACAGUAGAUAAAUCUCAUUUAUUUUAAUUGAAAAGGCUGUGAUCAUGCAUUGCAUUUGCCACAGCAACAUUUCCCUAUUUACAACACACAAAGAGACCACACACAGCUACAUGCACAGGAAUUUUACUCGUGACAAGCUGAUGAUUUAGGUCACAUGCAGGUGCUGAUGCACUGUAUCUGCCUUUUUUUUUUUUUUUUUUUUAAUAUUAUGAUAAUAGCAGUCCUGGAAACAGUCUUCCAGUGCUUGGUCCUAUUUUAUGUAAUUCAUAGUUUAACAGUUAAAACAGCACUGCCCCAUCAACAAAUUGAUAAAAUGGUAAUAAAAUCAUCCUGCUGUUUCAUAGCUUCCAUGUGGCCAAGAAAUCUCUUAAAAUGUCUCUUCAUCAGAGCGCCACAGCUAAUAACUUAGAUGUUUUUCACAGUCGGUGGAGAGUUUCACACAAGGUAUGGUUUUAUUUUGACAUUGUAAUUCAAAGGUCCAGAUUUUUUGACUUAGCUGAGAACACAUGUAAAUAUGCAUUUUCUAGAUAUUUACAAACAAGAACUUUGGGAACGCCUCAAUUUUGUAGAAGCUGUUCAAAGAAGAGGUAUGCCCUUUUUAAUUAUGCAAAGUCACAAAAAAUAAUAAAUCUAGAAAUGGACAACAACCUGAUUGGUAGUUGCAGCAUCUUGUUGUAACUUUUUAGAUGUUUUUUUUUCUUUUUUUAAGAUUGUGUCUGGCUGAUUUGGCAGAGGAGAAAUUUAUGUUGCAGCUGUUACAAGACAACUUCUUUCACUGUACAAUACAUAUUUUUAAAGUACAUGUUGCUGGAUUUGUCCCUUUUCUGUUUUCUCAUUACUUCACAGUUGUACAACAAUCAUCAUGGAUUUAUUUUUAAAUGUGAAGUCUUGUUUUCUUUUCAUGCAUGUUGAGAUGACCUGAUUGGUUUUUAUCCCUGUUUUUAUCAGUUUGUAUUGAUUUAUGGAUAGAUAAAAAAAAGAAAAAAAAAAGCUUUUGUUCAACCUACAGAGACAAAUUUUGGUAUAUUAUUUGAUGUGUACAAUAACUUGUGACAUUAUCAACAAAACUAUUAUACUAUUUUACUAAUGUGUCAAUCAAAUAUGUAAUGGUCAUGUAAGUUCUUUUUUUUUUCUGCAGUUUCUUAGCAGGGCUAAAGCUGAGGUUGCUCCCUGGUGUGUAUCAGAUUUUUAAAGCUUUGGAUUUGUUCAUUUGGGGAAUCAGUUUUUCACAAAGCAGUCAUUGGCUAAUCUCUGAAGUUGUGCAAUACUAAUAUUUCACCGCUUCUUCAGCUACGGUUUUAUUUAUUUUUUUGAAGCAGAGGAGAUUGAGCCAAAGACAUUUUAAAGGGAUUUUAUUUUCAACUUUUCUUUAUUGCUGGUUUGCUUUUAAUGCUUCACUUUUUGCCCUGUCAAGAAUCGUUCCAAAAAGGAAAAAAAUCUCCAUGUUUGUUAGUAAACUGAGGGUCUUUACACGAUUUUAAAGAUUUUAACUUCCCAACCUUGACCUGUAUAUGAAUUUAAUAUGUUCCCGGAAGCCUUCUGUCUUGCCUUUAAAGAAAAGCGGUGAAACCAACUCGUGUGUGGCGCAUGGAAAGGGAGCAACCUUUUGCCCAGCUAGCAGAGAGCACUGUGUUCAGCCUUCUAUAAACGCCAUCUUUUCCUGUUAUCUGUUGGCUCUCCUCUGUUUUUCCCUUUGCUGCAGUAAAUCAAUGGCACACCUGUUCCCCCAGCUUCCCAGUCCCAUCGGUUUCUCCCUCGUGGGUACAAAAAUAAUGAAUAGAUCUGUUUUACUCUUCUUCAUUUCAGUUGGUGGUGGUUAUAAUAAAGGAUUUAGACUGUGUUUUAAAGGUUUAUUUUCUUUUUUAUUUGUUUCUCUAUUAAAGUGUUUUUAUUGAAACCGCU